UCAGGCUCUGCUCCCCUCCGCCAUUGCUGUGCUCUCUCCGUCUCCCCGCUCCUCUCUGUUCUCGCUGUCAGAUUUCGCAAGCACCUUCGCUCCGUGCGAUCUGUUCUCGGCCUCGUCGGCCCAGAUGGUUGAUCUGUAGAGCGAGGCACCGGGGUUGCAGGGGACGGAGUGCGCGCACGAUUGUAGAACCAGGAGCGGAAGGAGGAGCGGAGGACGCCGAUUCGAUGCGUGGCUCCGCGGAGGUCGUUGCGGUUGCUCGGGACGUGGCGGCGUCCAGCCCGUCGAAGCCCGCCCCGGCAUCGGACAUGACGAGAUUCCAGAGGCCCAGCUCAGAUUGCCUCCCGCUCCCCAAUGGCAUCGCAGGCGGCAGCAGUGUUAGCGGCAGCAGGAAGCCGCCAGCCGCGCCGGUUCCGAGAUCGAGCAAGGACGACGCGGCACCCGCCGUUGCCACCGACAGCUCCCGCCUGGCGGCGUUCCUGGCCUCGACAUCGCUCGAGCCCAAGCCGCGCGCUCGCGCUCCGCAGCCGCCGGCGCAGGCCGCGCCUUCCUCGUCCCCCGCCGCCGUCGCGACCCGGAGCCCCGCGCGCGACCACGGCCACCACCAGCACUACUCCGACUUCUCCGACCCCGCCUCCCCGAGCGCCGCCGGGGUCGGCGGCGGCGGCGAGGUGCUGCUCCAGUGGGGCCAGAACAAGCGCUCGCGCGGCCGCCGCGACGCCGCGUCCGCGAGCGGCGCCUCGCCGCAGCGCCGGGCCGCCAAGAUCCAGCGCCGCUCUCCCGCGCCUGCGCCCCCGAGCGGGCCGUCCUACACCCGUGGGUCCAACCUCCGCGCCGCCUCGCCCCUCCCGCCGCGCUCCGGCGCCGGCAUCGGGACCUCCGACGGGCACCACAGCCGCGGUGCCCUCCCCCACCACCACAGAUCGGCGGCGGAGGAGCGAGCCGUGGGGAAGUCGCCGGCCUCGGCGGCGGCGGGGAAGCAGCGGCUGGCGUCGGACAAGGCGCCGCAGCAGGCGCACAAGGCGGGCCCGGGCCCGGUGAUGGGCCUGGGCGUCCCGGACCCGAAGGCGCUGCACCACCACCAGGGCGGCGGCGGGGCCCAGCAGCACCCCGGCGGCGGCGCCGGGGCGGCGUCGUCGUCGUCGAAGCCGGCGCCGAAGCUGGAGCUGCCGCGGAUCUACACCACGCUGUCGCGCAAGGAGAAGGAGGAGGACUUCAUGGCCAUGAAGGGCACCAAGCUGCCGCAGCGCCCCAAGAGGCGGCCCAAGAACGUCGAGAAGGCGGUCAAUUUCAUCUGCCCGGGGGCGUGGCUGACGGACGUGACGAGGAGCAGGUACGAGGUGCGCGAGAAGAAAUGCCCCAAGAAGCAACAGAAGAACCGGGGCCUGAAAGGGAUGGAGAGCAUGGACAGCGACUCCGACUGACCGGCGAAGCGACGACGAGGACCUGCGUUGCCGGGCUGAAGGGCGGUGGUGGCGGAGAAACUCUCGAAGUGGCGGUUUCGGAGCAAGGAAUCUGGUGGGUCAAGAGGAGGAAGGGAAGCAGCAAAAAGAAGCGGGCGAGAAGAGCAAACAAAGAGCAAACAGGCAGGCUCUCUUCCUCCCGAUAGGCUGAGGCGAAAAACCAAAAAAAAACAUUUUUUCCUUUUCAGGUUAAUCAUAGAGGCGCCGUGCUAUUGGCUCGAUUCCAUUUUGUAUAUCUCGGUGUUAGGAUGUAGCCGUCGUCUUUCUUUUCAUUCCUUUUUCCCCACCCAUUCCCUUUUGGGUGACAAUUCGGUGGUCUCGCCCGCCUUCUUGGUGGUGGGUUGUGCAUAGUGUCGGACAACCAGACUCUCAUAGUUUCAGCAAGAGGAAACAACAAGACUGUUAGUGUUGGGCCGUUUA